UUCAGAAAUUCUAAGCAUCAGCUACAGUAAGGAUACGCUACAUCCCAAGUUGUCGCACGUCCCAAAUCGUCGCCGAUCUUCUUCUGUGGUCCAGCUAUGACCGCUGUGGUGUGAAUACAGUCGAUUGAUGGAGAAUUUCAAAUCCUUCAAAGAAGCCAAGUCUUACUUCUCGGAAACAUGGGCUGCAGAACGAAGACAUAUCAUAGCAGAAUUAACUAGUAUCAAAGACGAAGUCCAGACACAGGCGAGGAUUCAUUCCAUUGGAUUUAUGACGUAUUCCAGCGUCGGUCUUGUGGGUGGGGGCCUGGCAAUAGCAGGAAUCUUGUCGGCUCCAUUCACCUUCGGAGCUUCUCUGGUAUUAACGGUAACUGGCAUUGCUACAGGAGUGACAUCUGGUGUUGCAGGAGUUGCUCACGGGGCUGUCAAAUUUGAAAUCGUCAAAGGUAAAUGUAAUGAAGCGAAAACGAGUCUGGAAACUCAUGACAUAGCCUCUAAGAAAAUGAAACGUUUAGUAGAAGCAGUCAAGGAGGAGAUUGACGAAUUCAAACUGGAAAUAAAAGGCGAUAACGGAUUUGAAACUUCUGAGAUUUUGGAGGGAGUGAAGCAUACUGGAGGUGCUGUGAUGCUUGCGAAAGGAAUAUCAGAGUUAAUUGGCAACACCAGAGCUGCUGAUGUGUAUAGAACUGGAAGUACAGAUGAGGUUGCCAGAAUUCUAAGCCUUGGUAGUGAAUUGGGCGACUUGGUAAUGAAGGAUGCUUCUAAAGGCGCUGCCAAACUGUCAGCCGAGGGCUUGAGCGUUAUUGCCGCUUAUGGAAUCAUCAUCGAUCUGGGAUCUCUGAUUCACAAUGCAGUCGAUUUCUCCAAAAUGGAAAACGGAAAGCUCUGCAGCGAAGCCGAGAAACUUGAGGAGGUUAUCCAAAAUUUGCAGAAAGAAUAUGAUGUUUUAAGCAAAUGGUUUGAUUGAAAUCUUUCCAUUACCACUUCUCACGUAUUGGUUGACAAUUUCUUAUCAAGGAUUCACAACUCGAAUCUAAAUAUCUUGCCCUAUCACUGGAACAAGAUUUGUAAUGAUUCUUAUUGCUGAUAGUUCGAAGCUCUUCACAAAAGCCCUCUGAAUCAUUGAACAAUUUGGACAAUGUUAAAAACCGAACAUUUCAAAAAUUCAAAUAUGUUGAGCAGAAUCAGAAUUAGCAAGUGUACAUACAAUUUAAGUGAAAUUUUCGUGAUCAUAUACUAUAAUGAGUACUACCAUUAGUGGUAUGUGCACAUGGAAUUUAAGUGAAAGUGUCGUGAAUAUAAUAUAGUGUUGACUACCUACAGCACAGAGGGGGGGGGGGGGGGGGUAAUCUGAGCAGACAAAUGUGAAAUUUCUAAAUGUUUUCAUGUUUUCAUUCAUUCCUGCUGUUAAACAAAUAUUAGCCACAGAUGUUUAACGAAAUAGUAGAUGAUUGAUGAUAAUUUUGGUGUUGAACCCUCUCUCAAAGUUAUCGCUUCCGUAGGAUCUGGAUAAGGGGGAGGGGUUCGAUCCUGAAAAAGGCGAGAUAUGUUGGAUAAGAUACAUCUGGUAAUGGGGACUGUGUGGAUGCCUGUGGCGAGUGCUAAUUUGCAUAUUUGUCUCUCACGGGAUUCGAACUUGUUUCUGUAAAUAAGUUGUGACGUAAGCGGUAUACUAAUAAUAACACGCGUUACGUCACAAUAAAUUUACAGAAGCAAGUGUCUGUGUCUACCUAAACUGGGGAAAACUAUGACUUUUUAUGAUGAUUCGUUGGCCAGGUCUCAGCUUGGAGCAAUAUGGAAUUUUUAUUUUGAAAUGUGAAGAAUGUAUUAUACAAUUAGAGCGUUUUUAUGAGGUCAAAUGAAUGUUUUUAUCAAUAUGAUAAGAAUAUAUUGACCGUAGACUUAUAUCGACCUGAUGAGAGCAGAUGCAAAAAUAUUGAUUUGUAUUCAAUGAUCAUGUUACUCAUAAUAUUAUGCAAAAAUCUUAACUCAAAUCCGGCAAUCUUGAUAUCUGUAUGCGAAAAUUUUGAUUUUGAUUUAUCUAAGCGAUGAAUCUUUAUUAUAAUAUUUUGAUUUCAAUGUAUAUGUUUAUGCGAUAAAUCUUGAGUUCUAUUUGAUAAUCUUGUUUUAUAUGCGAUAAUCUUGCUUUUUAAAUUGUAUAAAGUUUGCCUUAUAUUUGAUAAUCUUGUUAUCUAUAUGGGAUACUUUGAUUAUAUUUUGCAAUCUUGUUAUUUAUAUGCGAACAGCUUGAUUUAUAUGUGAUACAUCCUGUUAUUUAUAUUCAAUAAUAUUGUUAUCUAUAUUCCAUAAACAUUGUGAUUCAUAUUCGAUAACCUUGAUUUGCAUAUAUAUAUGCUAGAUGUAAUAAACGGAGUUCUUGGUAAAGGCAAUUUUCAUGAAAGUGAAAGUAGGAUUUGGCGGCAUUUUAUUCGGCUGAUUGUUUGUUUUACGACCUGUCGAGAAGUUUUACUUAUAUCAAGACGUCAGCAGUAGAAGUGCCACAUUUUAGAAUUUUAGACCUAUACUUAGCACAUUCGGUCGUAGCAGUGUUUUCUUUAAAAUAAGUAAGCAAUUUAUUUAUUAUAGUGACAUGUGUUUUAAAAUACAAUAUUUCACAACAUUUUACAAAGUACAUAAAUUAUUGAACAGACGGACCUGUAUGUCACUUUGAAUCAAUAUAUAUGUAUCAUAACAUUGUAUAUAUACAAGCGAAUGGUGAUAUAAGAUUAUCAAUUUCUAUGUAAUUUUUGCUGUUUGAUUUUAUAGGAAUUAAAUAUAAAGUUUGCUAUC